GGAGGCGAGGGGGUGGAUGUGUGCUUUGAUGCUGCUGGAGUUCAGAUUGGAGUCGACUCCGGGCUGAAAGCAGUGACGGCUCGUGGAACAUUUGUGAACAUCGCACUUUGGGGCGAUAGAAGACCGUCGCUGGAUAUGAUCGAUAUGGUGUUUUGUGAGAGAAAGUACAUGGCCGGCAAGUCCUCAGGUGAGCUGAACCAGCACAGAAUCAAUGCUGACUCGUUCGAGUGGUGA